AUGGUAAAAUCCGACGUACGAAGGGAUUACUAUGCGGACCUCGGGCUACAGCCCAGCGCAGAGGCGGAAGACGUGAAGAAGCAAUUCAGAAAGCUAGCGCUCAAGUACCAUCCAGACCGGAACCCAGGACGAGAAGCCGAAUUCAACGCGAAAUUCCAAGCCAUCCAAGCUGCAAACGAGAUCCUCAGUGACCCUCAGCAACGGCUAAAAUACGACACCGAUCGUUUGCGCGCCGGCUACGGCAAGUUCUACGGACCCCCGAAGGCCAAUACUCAACGCAAAACACAACCGUCUGCAUGGGCUCGCCAAACGCCCACUUCUUCGGCCCCUCCUCCCCCAGACUGGGCACACCCAAAACAGCAGACUGGACCAUCAGCCGGUGCUCGGCGAUACGCGUCACAUGCACGUGCCGGUCAGCAACAAUGGCAGAAACAGCAGGAUGAUGGGCAAACAAGGGCUGAUGCUUUCCGGGGCUUUUCGAAUAUGAGAGGUUCUCAUGGAUGGCAAGGAUUUGACCCCGCUACGGGUCGUGCUGCUGGUGCAGCUCCGGGACCUGGAGCACAGCGUCACCCAUUUGGCAAUUCCCGGCCGAAAUCCGCGUUUGAGACCUUCCAGAAGGCAUAUGCCAAGACAGACGCUCCCAAGAAGAAGCAAGGCUUUGCGCCAGGAGCCGCUGGAGGAGAUGAACCUAUGGCCCGCAACACUUCUGCCUAUAGCAGUAGCAGUCGAGCUGAACGACCAAGCAGCCAAUACUUUGAGUCUGCUGUGCCGCCCACUGCAAAGAAACCAGCUGCUCCUGAACCGCCUCAGCAUCCUUUCACUCCUGAGUUUGAACGGACUAGUCGGGGCUAUUCUCAGACUGGAAAGGGUGAGAGGACUUUCGUUUCAAGUACUCCACUGGGACGAUCAGAGAGCGUGCGUACACCUUCGGGGUCGUACCACACAAGUGCACGUCAACCGUCGACACCUACGUCUGGUCGAUCUGGGAGACACCGGAGUGCUAGCCCCAAGCCCACCACAACCCCCAAUAACUAUGACUCCACCAGUGCGAGUGAGUCGGAAGACGACGCUGACGACAGUGAAUAUGUGCCCCGGUCAAAUGGACCCAAACCCAAAGCAGUACCCAAGAGCCGCCUCCGAGCGCACCAAAAACUUGCUGAUAUGUACCGGCAGGAGCGACCAGGCCCCGGAACUGGACACACCUCGGAUAGCGCAGCUUUCCCCAAGGGAUCGAACCGGACAGAUCAGCAAUACAAACCUUCGGGUUCUCCCUUUACCGCCAAGAAUGACCCGUCAACGCAUACGGAGCGUCCUCAGUCUACUGCCUUUGGGCGUAGCAACACAAAUGACCUGCACAAGAAGUUCUCCGCCGAAGACUGGCGAGAGCAUUUGGGCCAGUUUGAUUUAUUCGGUUCGGCUUCGGCAAGCAAGGAAUCACUGCCAAGGUCACCAAAUUCGCAGAGUCGGGGACGUACGAAUAACCGACGGGGUACGACACAGACAUCAACUGGGUCACCUCUGCCAAAUCCUUUUGGUCCUACGCCUUUCCAUCAACCAUCACAACAGCAGCAGCAACAACCUACUCCCUUUGCACAGGCAAAGUUCUCCGCGGACUCGUGGGCUGAGCAGCUACGAAAUCUGUCGUGGGCCCCAGAUGCCGAGAAAGCCCGGCAAACAAACCACCCUCAGUCUCGGAGCCCUAAAAAACAACCCAGAGCCACCAAGUUGCGCAGUACUCCACAACCAGCGAAUGUGGCAACUGAGGCAGAUGAGGCUAAAGAAACGAUCAAUGACGAGGGUUCUACCCAGCCGAAUGGCACAGCAACACCAGAUGUUGAAGCAAUGGAUCUAGACUAUGACCUCCCCAUUCCGUCAGGUGUUCCACCUGUACCAGCAAAGGUGCCCGUAGACGGAUCAAGUGGUCCGGGCUCUGCUAGUGCAAGUUAUCCAGAUCUGGCUGCUCAGGCAGCGCCAGAUGCACCUCCGGUCAAGAAGACCAAAACUCCCCCAAGAGCAGAGGGCUCCGCAGCAAAUGCAGACGCCCGUGCCCCUCUCUUCAACCUCGACAAUCUCCGCAACACCGUCCCCUUCUCUAGUACAGCCGGCGGAGGCAUCGAGAACCUGGAAGACGUCCACGCAACGCUCCCCUUCGAGUCACAAGCGAAGCAGCAAAACUCCAACAAACGCGAUAUCCGACCUCGAGAACUCCAACUCCCAAACCCACCCAAACGACCCUGGGCCCCCAAGCCCGCACCCCUCACCCUAACCUCCACGCAACCCGUUCUUUUGCGCGACAAAUGGAACUGGUACGUCUCCGCAAUGGGCACAUACAUGCACGAGUGGAACGCCUUCAACCGCCGCAUGCUCAAGCACUUCAACGCGCGACAAGAAGCGAACGAAACAGGCCUGGCUCCAGGCUGGAUCAGUGCAGUCGGCGACUCUUCACGUCUGAGCAUCAACGACGCAGAUGAUGACAUUGACAGCAAUGGUACCAGUGGCAAGACCAAAAUCCGCGAAGAUGCCGAUGAUGCUCUCGACGAGUUCCUUGUUCCUGGUUCCUCGAAGGGCGGCUUUAGUGCGUAUCUUCGUGGCGUCGAGGAGGAUAUUCAGGUGCGUAAGCAUUGGGAUGUUGCUUGUGAGAUGCAUCGCGAGUGUAUACUUGAUCUGGGUCGGUUGAGGGAGUGGAUUCGGAAUGGGGGGAAGGUUGUUUAG